CUCUAGCAAUUGAGGUUCGAGUCGUCGAAGCUCAAUCUGGGUUGCGGCCUGGUCCGUUCCCGCUGCACACCGACGAUGGCCUGUUCGCGCGCCAUGUUCAGUCUGGCGCCCAAAGGGGUACUCACCACCAAGAACACGUUCCUGGACUGCAGGUCCCCGUGGCUGGAUCCCGUCGUUCUGCCUCCGAAGCCAAGUUCCGACCCCACCGAUCGCUCCUCCAACUCUUCGUCGAUCAGCACCGCAGAGACUGACCGAAACCUCAGGCCGUUGUCCUCGGGAGCAUCACUCUCAGCAGCAGCCACCGCAGACUCCUCGGGAGCAUCACUCUCAGCAGCAGCCACCGCAGACUCCUCGGUCGCGGCGGAGGAGGACGACAUGUUCGUCCGCCUGUGCAGGGCGCAGCGCCGGCGCAAUGAGCGCAAGAGCCGAAGGGAGACGGGCAAGGAGCCGGACUGCCUGAUCCGCCGGCCGCAGCCCAGGCGGGGCCAGCCGGCUGAGGGCGAGGAGAAGCCCGCGGGCCCCGAGGCGCGGUCGGACCCGAGCGAGUGCGGGGGCGCCCGCUCGCCGCCGGGGGCGGGCCCCGCGGGUGGCGCCUCGACGAAGAUCUCGCUGUGAGGGGCCUCGCCGUUCAAACACAUCACGCCGUCGGAUGCCUGGGACUGGAAGAGGAAGGUUUUGCCACAGCUGCGUAGCCAAGGCCGGCUUGCCCCCGCCGCCCGGGCACGGCUCAUCGAUGCAUGGACACCUCUGGCACCGAGGUCAGGGUGGGUUUCUUGCAUCGGCGGCCGUCCCCCCUGGCGGCGCUGGCGCGCCUCGCGCUCCGGGGAGGGGCGUCCGCCGCCAACGUUUUGAGGGAUCCUCUGCUCGACGCCUGCCAUCCGCUGUUCUGCGCGCGGGCCCCGCCCCCGCCGGAGGCCUUGUGCAGCCAGGGUCUCCCAAGAAUGGCGGCCUGACAAGCUGCUGGGCGAGAUCUCGCCAUUGGUGGAGGGAG